AUGGCUUCAUACCUCAACCGCGUGCCGCUCAUCCGACUGUCCUCAUCUGAACAGCCUCCACGGCGGAAUACGGUUUCUUACGACGACGAAUCUGACGAUGGACAUGGACCGAGUAGGAAGCCUUGGUAUCAUUAUGUACCGUUGUGCAUAACCGUCCUCCUGCUUCUCCUCCCGCAUCCUUCGCUCCUGAUAGUUCUCGUGCGAUAUCAUCUCCUAACCCUACAGUCCCGCCCACUUUUCCUAACCCACCUCACGAUCCUCUACACCCUUACAUUCCUAUGCUUCUGCUCACUCAUCGUAUGCGCCGCACGCGAUCCCGGUCCGGUCCCACGACCAGCUCAGAAAGAUCUCGAAGAGGACGGAGGAGAUGGGGAGAUGAGCAUCACGGCCGCGCUUAUGGGCGGGCCGCCGGAGGAGGACGACGAUUAUCUGAAACCGGGGCGGUGGUGUAGGAUUUGUUGGGCGCCGAAACCGGAGAGGGCGCAUCAUUGCUCAGAGUGUGGGCGGUGUGUGCUCAAGAUGGAUCAUCAUUGUCCUUGGAUCGGUGCCAAGUGCGUCGGGUACAGGACGUAUCCUUCGUUCUUGCACUUGCUGCUAUGCGUAACGCUUUACGCGUCAUACCUCGCGGGCGUCAACAUCGAAGGCCUUGUAUACGCCUUCAGCCAUCCACUCAAUCUCGACGUACACACACCAGUCCACAUGCUCUUCCUCUCCUUCAUAGGCGUCGUAUUCGGCAUCACGAUCGGUGCCUUCCUUGGCUAUCACAUCUAUCUCACAUUAACGAACCAAACGACCCUCGAAAACAUCGCGCCCUUCCAACUCCUCCGCCACCUCCCUCCCUUACCAGGCGGCCUCAAACUCUCCUCCCCACCGUUCGAACACGAACUCUCGCACACCCAACGCCGAGCCGUUCGCGCCGCGCACCGUUCAAUCAAGCUAUACGACGCCGGUGUCAAAGAGAAUGUGCGACAGGUGUUCGGCGGGUGGCCCAGGAGUGUACGAGGAUGGGGCAGACUGGUGAUGGCUGGAGGGGGGACGAAGGGCGGUGGUGUAAGAUGGGCGCGGAAUGAGAAGGCUGAGAGAGGAUUGCAUAGGUUGAGAGAUGUGCUUGUCAAAUUGGAGGUGGAGGGCGAGGGCGCGUUUGAUAGUGAGGCUGAGGUGGAGGUUGGAGAGCCGAGGUUCGAUAGUGAGGGGGAGUUGUCGCCUCGGAGCGCUUGA